AUAUAAUAUAAUCCUAAAAGGCAAUGAGCUUAAGCGGUACGCGGGGAAGCAUAUCUCCGCAGUGCACCGCCACUCCAUACGAUCACACCUCAACACAUUUCCCUCUCCCCGCUCCCCUCUACAUAUCUGCCGCUGUACGCGCGUUUCUCCCAACCUAAAUUCAAACCCAUACUCGACAAGGAAAAUCAAGAGCAGAGAGAGAGAAAGCAACGACAUGUCGUUUGGAGUGGAGUUUGCGUUGCCUCCGGAGGACCACGAAGAUGCCAACAAGGAACGGGUGGAUUUGGUUGAUCCAACGGCUCCGAACUUGUCACUUCCGAGCGGGACUUUUCUCAUAGCGGCGGUGGCUCUCAAGGAUCAGGUGGUGCAGGCUACAUGGGAAGGAGGACAUGGUUCGGGUACGCCUACGGGUAUGGUUUUGGAUCCGACAGUGUAUACGGGUCUCCUUGGUACGGCUUUUACGUGCUUGAGGUCGUAUGAGGCCACCGGUAACCGGCAGGACUUGCUGCUCUGCGCUGAUAUCGUCCACAAGUGCGGGGCCGUCGCACCUGCGUCCAGCAGGCACGUGACUUUUUUAUGUGGUAGGGGAGGAGUGUACGCCCUAGGAGCUGUGGUGGCUAGUUUGAUUGGGGACCAUGAAAGAUGUGGCCUCUAUUUGAACCUGUUUCUUGAGAUGGCACAAGAGAAGGCCUUGUCUGUUGGGCCAGAGGAAGGUGGUUUUGGAAUGUCGUACGAUCUUCUCUACGGGAGAGCUGGGUUUUUAUGGGCAGCUUUGUUCAUAAACAAGUAUCUUGGACAUGACAAGUUACCAAGUGAUCUUCUAAUGCCUGUUGUGGUUGCUGUGUUAGCUGGUGGUAGGGCGGGCGCAUCUCAUAUCCCGUCCUGCCCGCUUAUGUACAGAUGGCACGGGACUAGGUACUUGGGGGCAGCCAAUGGCAUGGCCGGAAUUUUGCAAGUGCUGCUUCACUUCCCACUUUGUAAUGAGGAUGCAGAAGAUGUGAAGGCAACUCUUAGAUAUAUGAUGGCUAAUAGGUUCCCUCAUAGUGGAAACUACCCCUCAAGUGAAGGAAACCCUAGAGACAAGUUUGUGCAGUGGUCUCAUGGUGCAGCUGGCAUGGCCAUAACCUUGUGCAAGGCAUCUCAGGUGUUUCCAGGUGAUCGGGAAUUUCGUGAUGCUGCAAUAGAAGCAGGAGAAGUUGUGUGGAAGAACGGUUUACUGAAGAAGGUAGGACUUGCUGACGGUGUGGCUGGGAAUGCCUAUGCCUUCCUUUCUCUGUAUCGUCUGACUGGAGAGAGCAUAUACAAAGAGAGAGCAAAGGCAUUUGCAAGCUUCUUGUAUCAUAAGGCUGGAGAGUUUUCGACUGCAGGGCGCACUCAUGGGGUCGAAUAUGGCUACUCUCUUUUUCAAGGUCUUGCUGGAACAGCUUGCCUCUGGUUUGAUCUUCAUGUGCCCGAAAAUUCUAGGUUUCCGGGUUAUGAACUGUAAUAAAUUGUGAAAAGUUAUGAGAUUUAUUAGUAUAUGACUCUAGCCUGACAUGUAUAUAUAGAUGUGAACUCAAGUAAGACACCUUAAUACUAAGGCCCGACUUGUUUUGUUGUGAGAGUAUCUAUAAGACGAAGUUGCUGCCA